GGAGUACCGUCAGUCAAGUGGUUAGACUUCGUAUCACAUCUUGCAGCUCCGAACCGCACCGAAAUAGAAACAUGGUGUUCAAAGUGGUCCUUGCUUUGGCUAUCGCCAGCGUGGCAAAUGCCGUUCUGCUGCCCACUCUGGUGAAAAAGGUGGAGCUGGAGGCCCCGGCCGAGUAUCACUUUUCGUACUCCGUCCACGACGAGCACACCGGUGACAUCAAGAGCCAGCAGGAGGAGCGCCACGGAGACGAUGUUAAGGGACAGUACACUCUGAUCGAUGCCGAUGGUUAUCGGCGUGUGGUCGACUACACCGCCGACGAGCACAACGGAUUCAAUGCCGUGGUCCGCCGGGAACCGCUGGCUCACCACCAGCUCGUCAAGACCGUGGUCCCGGUGGCUAAGGUCGCUGCCGUACCGGUAGCCCAUUACGUAGCUGCUCCCGUGGCCAAGGUUGCCCUCCCGGUGGCGAAGUAUGCCGUUCCGGUCGCGAAAGUGGUAGCGCCUGCUCACGUAGCCACCGUCAGUUUCUCGGCCCCUAGCCUCACCUAUCACUACUAAAU